GUGGCGUUUGAGGCACCCAGUAAAGUCGGGAGUACAACAGUUGUCCACGCUGAAACACAUUUUCACACUCUUCUUGUCUGUUCACCGCCAACAGUGAUGGAAGCUGGCAGGCUCGAUUAAAGGAAAAAACAGAGGCACAAACUUUUUGUUGGGACCAUAUAUUAGUGUUGAGGAGGACGUGAAAGCUACAACUAAACCCCAACUAACUGCGCACUUUGGACAUUUACACCUGGGUGAAAUGUAUGCUUUUCUACGCCGGACUGAAACUGAGUAAUCUCUCUAGCAGUCGUGUGACCUGAAAUAAACUAAUAUCACCUAUUUGUGAGCGUGUUGGGACAAGUGAGCACCAUGGCUUUUCUUCACUUGCUCCUGAGCGCAGGGAUGUUAUCGCUGCCGAUGUGUGGAGCUGUAUACCGCGGACCUUUACAUCCGGAGAUGUCUAACGGCACUUUCCAUCAUUAUUUCGUGCCGGACGGAGACUACGAGGAAAACGACGACCCAGAGAAGUGCCAGAUGCUUUUCAAAAUGACCGACGAUCGAAAGUGCGGUAUCGACGAGGACCAGGACGCCGUCAUACGGGACGAUUUCACCAUCAUCAAGAGGCAGAUCGAGGACUCGUCCCGGGUGCUCGAGGGAAUCGGGAAAAGCAUCUCGUACGACCUGGACGGAGAGGACAGCUACGGGAAGUAUUUGCGGAGGGAAACCGUUCAGAUAAGCGAGGCGUUUACAAACUCGGAGAAAUCUCUGUUGGAGCUGGAGGUAAAAUUCAGGCAGAGUCAGGAGGGUGAGCUGAGGGAGGAGCACCGGCUCAGCGACGACUACCUGAGCAUGAUAGUGCACACACGGGACGUCCUGAAGGAGACACUGGACAUUUCUCUGGGACUGAAGGACAAACACGAGCUGCUGUCUCUGAUCAUCCGCAGCCACGGUACGAGACUGAGCAGAUUGAAGAACGAGUACAUGAAGUACUGAAAGAAAAGAGCUCAUACAUGUCUCAUUACAGUACUACCUAUUUAGUAUUUCUUAAUGAUUUCUUUAAAGUUUCCUGGAAAGAACCGUGUAGCUUUGUAGGCUACUACUGAUUACAGGAAAAAUAAAGAUAAUGUUCUGAGACUGAUAUUUGUGUUAGAAUUAGUUGUGUUGUGCUUAUUAUUGAUUUCAAGAUGAAUUUAUCACAAGAAACUGCUCCAUUAAAAUUCCAUAUUUAUUACUUGUUAAUUUAUAAUUGAAAACUUUAGCCCAUUUCUCAUAUGUUGUAUGGUUUGUUUGCCUAUAAACACAUUUCACAUUUUUACUCACUUGAUGUCCUCUGAAUAAAAGUAUCAACGUUUUUCUAUCUAAGCAUAGGCUAUAGGAAUAAUUGGAAUCAUUCAACUUCUAACACUCGAAUUAAUACGGGACCUGCUUCUUUCCAGGAAACUUCUUAGGAGAUCAUUUGGAAAUAAAUUUGGAAUUUAGUAAAAUACAGCCUUGACCUUUUUUUAUGACGAGUAUGCAGAGGUGACAAUUUAUAUCAGGGAUAGAAAACCAAAGCUUAAAUGGUCAAUUCACCUGAAUGCAACAAACAGAAAUUAAAAAGAGCCAGUACUUAGUUAACCCCCAGCCACCCUUUGCCCACUGUUAAAUAUGGGGUGGAAAUAAUAUUCUUUGGGGUUAUGUGGCUGCCUGUGACAAAGGAAACAUAACACGGAGCGGAGAACAAUGGAUUCUACCAAUAUAUUAGUGAAUUGUGGAUGCGAGUGUCAUGCAGUUAGUCAAGAAAGUGAAACUGAAAAGAGGCUGGCUUCUAGAGCAGGACAAUGAUCCUAGGUAUACCUCAAAAUAAACCAUGAACUACUUCAGGAAAGAGAAGCUGGCUAAAGUUUUUGGAACAACCCUCGCAUUUUCUGAUGUGAACAUCACUGAAAAUAUGUGGGUAGAUCUUAAACUUGCUUGUGCAGGACAGCCCAAAAGUUUCUCAGAAAGACUUUUACCUGGCUUCAAAAAGUGUAUGCAAGUUGUGAUAUCUGCCAAAGAGGGAUUUCUAAGUACUGACUUAGUAGGGUUCCCAACUUUUUACAUGCCACAGUUACUGUUUAUUUAUUUGUCUUCAGUUUGGAGUGGAACCGCAAAUACUGGCCAUGUAAGUAAAUUCAAAACAAUCUUCACUGUUAACUAGGUGAUAAGUUUUUCAGUGGUAGAUAGGAAAAUAUGCUUUAUUCACUUUUGGCAAACUGACCCUUUAAAGACUGAGUUGUAUAUGACUUUAACUGCACAUUGAUGGUAGGUAUGUUUAUAUCAUCUGAUAUGUGUGUAUGUGAUAUUGCCUAACACUAGACACUAAAGCAUCCCUCUUGUCCUAAUAUACUGUAUGUCAGGGCAGUGCAUUAAAUGUAACUGUAUUGUAACAGACACAGGUUUGUGCGUGCACUUUGAACAUAGGUGGGUCAAUCCAAACAGUGAGAAAUAUCAACACAUAAGCACUGUAGUCUCAUGUCUGGCUAAGGGUUUUCCAAAAUCCAUUCAAUCCUUUGUGACCAUAAACUGGAGUGAGCUUCAACAGAUUCACCUGAGGACUGAGUAAAAUUUCAGACUCACCGAGCAGCGUAUGUAUCACUGUCUGCAUUCACCAGAGAAUACUAUGCAUAUAGUUCAGUGCUGAACCCAAAAGUUGAACAAAUUAGUUUCGGAAAAUUCUUCAUAAAACAGCGAAGCUGUUGACACUGUGGGCUUAAUGUAGCAGCCUGGCUUAACGCUCCUCAUAUGAACAGCUCCUUUCACUGCUCUCCUCUGACACUACAGAUGAAUGCUUCUAAGAAUCAAAAAAUGUUUAUAUAUGGCCACCUAUCUGUUGUAUUUUUGGCAUUAUAGGCUAGCAAACUUUGCACAGUUCUUUACCACUCUGAUGCUAAAGGUUGUGACAUUGUUUAAAUCGCGAGGCCUUCACUGUGCUGUGCUGCACAGGCAGUAAUCCUGUAAAAUGUACAGUGAAUUAUUAGAAGUAAGUAAAUACUGUGAGUGCCAAUAUCUAUAUUACAGAAUAUGUUAUUAUGUAUUCAUUGUGUUUAUAAAGUGUUGAAACAGAGCAGCCUAUAUUCUUUUUUUAGCUUUAAGAUUUGUGGUGAGAUGUAAUACAUUGACAGAUAAGACUGCAGGCAGCACUCGAGAACUUCGGUGUUAAACACUAACGUGUGUGU